AUGGAGAGGCUUGAUAAGCCUUUUGUUGUGAGGGCGGUGCAUUCACACAAGGAGAAGAACGAGCUCAAGUUCAAGAAGGGCCAGUUCAUCACAGUUGAGAGAAUCAACGAGGAGGGGACGCACUACCACGGAUUUUACGGCAAGAAGGAGGGAUGGUUCCCCAUCCACCACGCUGCCAUCGUCGAGGGCUUCGAGCCCUCCACUAGGAAGAAGGAGGUUGCCAACGACGCAGACAAGAAGAAACUGAAGGAGGAGAAGAAGAAGGUAGAGCAGGAGAAGCGCGAGGCCAGCGUGCGCGCCAAGCGCGAGGCCAAGGAGGCCCUCAAGGACCAACGACGGCAGAAGACCAACCCCAAGGGGCGGCCUGCACUCACCCCCGGCUACUUCGAUCGCAACGACCUCCCCACGCACUCGUUGCGCAGGAUCCCUGCCGUCAUCGAAGAGACCGUCACCUUCCUCGAGAGGGACGAGUUCCUGCGGACCGAGGGGCUGUUCCGUAUAUCGGGGUCGGUGAGCGAGGUCAAGGCGAUCAAGGCAGCCUACCUGCGGGGCGAGGCGGUGGACCUGACCAAGGUGACCGACCCGCACGCGGUGGCCGGCGUACUGAAGCUCUUCUUCCGCGAGGCCCGCGACCCGCUGCUCACCUACGAGCUUUACCCGUGCUGGCUCGCUUGCAUGGGUCUGUUGCACAAGGUGACGCUCUAUUCUGACGUCAACCUGAUGACACCAAACAACGUCGCCAUCGUCUUCGCACCCAACAUCCUGCGACCCCCUAACGAAAACGUGAGCCUGGCGCUGUUGGACUGCGCGACAUCGAACAAUCUAGUGCGGUGCAUGAUCGAAGACUACGAUCUCAUUUUUGGCGAGGGUACGCUCAAGACCGCGGCACCAGAGCCCGUGCCCGUCAUGGCUGCACUCGUCACCGACGCGCCCGUCACCGAAGAGCGGCCAGAAGACGUCCUGGCACCCUCCUUGCUGACGGCCUACUCUACGCCAUCGCUGGUGAGCGAGGCGGACUUCAACAAGAAGAUCAGGAUGGGAUCGCUCCUGCUGGCCAAGGGCUCCGUGAUGGGCGGACAGAACUCGUUCGAGCAGUUGGCCCAGCGCGCGUCGUCAGACUCGGAGGACGACCUCGACUUUGUGGAGGUGACCGAACCCGAACCCGUGCCUCAAAUCACCACCACCGCACCGUCCCCAGCUCUGUUCAACUCAGCGCCCAGCUGGACGGCGAAGAGCACAACGAGCCCGGCCGCGACCAAGCCUGCGCUGGGCGGCAGCUCGGCCUCGACAACGAAGUCGGCCAACCUCUUGGGCGCGUCGCACCGGAUCGAUCGCUGCAGCAGCGUUGAGUCCCCGGCGGCCCUGCCAGCCGUCGUUGCUGCUACGGAGGCGGAAACGGAGACCAGUGAGGACGACUCGGAGGAAGUCGAUGAUGAGGUGAGCGAGCCGGUCCCGGUCAAGGCUCUGAGAUUGGAGGACUUGAUGGAAAUGAUCUUUGACGGCAAGUCGGCGGCGGUGGCGGCCUACCUGGCAACGCUGGAGCCGAGCGUGGCGGCCCUAACGCAGAAGAAUCUGCUGCGCUCGAUCGACAAGGUCAUGCAGGCCAUCUCCUGA